AUGAUAACCCUGCCAUCCGGGAGCGAUGCACCAGGCUCGUCUGGGUUAUGGCUCCCUCAAACCAUGCGCAUUAGCGACAAUGCACUGGAACUAAUGUCAACUUCCACAAAAUGUGAGACUUCCCGUCACCUCUCUAGCAGCAGUUCUGAUCUCUACGCUAGCGCCCAACACCCCAAUCUCGAAUCGACUAUUUCCGCAUCGGGUCCCUAUAUGCCGCUCAAUGCCCAAACAUCACCAAUAACAGAUUUUUCAAGUCUUUUUGUCUUUCCACCAGACGGCGAACUAAGUCGUUAUCCACUUUUCGUUCCUCCAUUGUGUGCAGAGGAUGAAUUCAUUCAUCACGCCUCUAGUUCCUUUCUCCACAAACUCUUUGUGUCACUUGGUGGUUGUUCCCGGGUCCAUGGGGCAACAGAAAGUAGCGAGAAGGAAGAAGAAAAGUUGAGAGGGGAAGCUGAGGCACAAAAACAGAGGCUGCUGCUCAUUAAAGAGCAAUACAAAGCUAGAUAA